AUGUCUAGUGGAUCUAACAAUUCUGGGUUUGAUGGUUUUUUGCCUGGGAGAACUACCGCUACUCAGGCUAUAAAAGUUGAAGAAGGUGAAAUUAAUCCUUUUAACGGCAAACCAUAUAGUAAAAGAUAUCGUCAACUACUAGAAAACAGACGAAAGUUACCCGUUCAUCAACAAAGACAAGAAUUUCUCGACUUAAUACAAAGUAAUCAAUUCAUAGUAUUUGUAGGCGAAACCGGUUCUGGAAAGACAACACAUGGAUCUAACAAUUCUGGGUUUGAUGGUUUUUUGCCUGGGAGAACUACCGCUACUCAGGCUAUAAAAGUUGAAGAAGGUGAAAUUAAUCCUUUUAACGGCAAACCAUAUAGUAAAAGAUAUCGUCAACUACUAGAAAACAGACGAAAGUUACCCGUUCAUCAACAAAGACAAGAAUUUCUCGACUUAAUACAAAGUAAUCAAUUCAUAGUAUUUGUAGGCGAAACCGGUUCUGGAAAGACAACACAGAUUCCACAAUUUCUCUGUUACGAUUUACUUCCUCACAUAAAAAAGAAACAAAUAGCAUGCACUCAACCACGUAGGGUUGCCGCAAUGUCAGUAGCUCAACGUGUGGCAGACGAAAUGGAUUUCAAACUUGGUGAAGAAGAAGAGAUUGAAAGUGCUUGUCAAAAGAUCAAAAAUGAAAUAGAUACUUUAUCAAAACAAGUUGAUCUAGGUCCUUUGAAAGUUCUUCCUCUCUAUUCUACUUUGCCACCUCAACAGCAACAGCGUAUUUUUGAAGAUCCUCCCCAACCUCUUAAAAAAGAUGGAAAGGCUGGUCGUAAGGUUAUUGUCUCUACAAACAUUGCAGAAACUUCAUUAACCAUAGAUGGAAUUGUUUAUGUAGUUGAUCCUGGCUUUAGCAAACAAAAGGUUUACAAUCCUCGUAUUCGUGUUGAAUCAUUACUUGUAAGUCCUAUUAGCAAGGCUUCUGCUCAGCAAAGAGCCGGUCGUGCUGGUCGUACACGUCCUGGAAAAUGCUUUCGUCUUUACACUGAGAAAGCAUUCAAAAAGGAAUUACAAGAACAGACAUAUCCAGAAAUUUUAAGAAGUAAUCUAGGUAGCGUUGUUCUCCAAUUAAAGAAAUUAGGCAUUGAUGAUCUAGUACAUUUUGACUUUAUGGAUCCUCCAGCUCCUGAAACUUUAAUGCGUGCACUAGAACUUUUAAAUUAUCUUGGCGCACUUGAUGAUGAGGGAGAACUUACUGCUGAUGGACAUUUAAUGGCAGAAUUUCCUCUCGAUCCUCAAUUAGCAAAAAUGUUGAUAGAAAGCCCUAAAUUUAAAUGUUCAAAUGAAAUUUUAUCAAUUGCUGCGCUUUUAUCAGUUCCUAAUGUGUUUGUGCGUCCAAACGAUCUGAAGAAACAAGCUGAAGAAUCAAAAUCAAAAUUUGCCCACGCUGAAGGCGAUCACCUAACUUUAUUAAAUGUUUAUCAUGCUUACAAAACUAAUAGCGAUGACCCAAAUUGGUGCCGUGACAAUUUUCUUAGUUCUAGGUCUUUAAAAUCAGCUGAUAAUGUACGUCAACAACUUAAACGUAUUAUGGAACGAUGUGAUUCUGAUCUGGUCAGUACUCCAUUCGAAAACAAAAAUUAUUAUUCGAAUAUUAGGCAGGCUUUGACAGCAGGCUUCUUCAUGCAAGUAGCUCAUUUAGAGAAAUCUGGUCAUUAUUUAACAGUAAAAGAUAACCAAGUUGUGCAACUCCAUCCUUCUUCAACCCUUGGUCAUAAACCUGAGUGGGUCAUAUAUAACGAAUUUGUUCUUACCACUAAAAAUUAUAUACGUACUGUUACUGAAGUAAAAGCAGAAUGGCUUUUGGAUAUUGCACCUCAAUAUUAUGAUCUAUCCAAUUUCCCCAACUGUGAAGGAAAACGAGAACUAGAAAGGAUUAAAUUGCGAAGAUCUAGGAAAAAAUAA